GCCGGCGCUGCCAAUCGGGCGCGGGGAGGCAGGAGCGGCGGGCGGCGAUUGGUUGGCUCUGCCGGGCCAGCCGGGACCUCCCCGGGUGGUUGGUUCGGCUGGGGAGCGGCGGGCGCGCUCUCGCCUCCUCUAGACGACCCCCUCAGGCCUGCGAGCGAGCGAGCGAGCGAGGGAGGUAGCCCGGGCCGGGGGGCCGCCGCGCCCUGACGUGAGGAGCGGGACCAUGUCGGGCCAGGAGGAGGAGCGGGCCAAGGAAAUCCUGAGGGGAUUCAAGCUAAAUUGGAUGAAUCUCCGCGAUGCAGAAACAGGGAAAAUUCUGUGGCAAGGAACAGAAGACCUCUCCGUCCCUGGAGUAGAACAUGAAGCUCGAGUUCCUAAGAAAAUUCUGAAAUGCAAAGCUGUAUCUCGGGAGCUAAACUUUUCCUCAACGGAGCAGAUGGAGAAGUUCCGGCUGGAACAGAAAGUGUAUUUCAAAGGACAGUGUCUGGAAGAAUGGUUCUUUGAGUUUGGCUUUGUGAUCCCCAACUCAACAAACACUUGGCAGUCCUUGAUAGAAGCCGCUCCAGAGUCGCAGAUGAUGCCCGCUAAUGUCCUAACCGGGAAUGUUAUCAUAGAAACCAAGUUUUAUGACGACGACCUCCUUGUCAGCACGUCCAGAGUAAGACUGUUCUACGUUUGAGAGAAGGCCGGGGCAGGGCUUGCACCCGGUGUAGUCCACCCCACCCCACUGCUGAAUCCCCAGCCCACCCAAAAAGUGUCCCUUGGAAGACUCUUCCUCUCUCUUUCUUCCUGGAGGCACUGAGCCCGGGGACCAGCUCAGUGAGAGUUGUGACCUUCGCCCAUUCUCUCUGCUCUCCCCUCCUGACUGGAUGAGGCUGAGCUGCAAGACUCGUCACCAUCUGCUCAGGACUGGGGGUGGGGGCAGAGGAGGGAUGAGGACUUGUUUUAUUAGAGACCCAAACGGGCAUGAAGGAUCAAGACUGUAAAUUAUGUUUAGGUUUUUUAAAAAAAUCCUGUUUCUUUGUACCCAGAAUCCCCUCCUUGGCUGGCAGCAUCACUCCUCCUUUCUCCCUUCCGUUUGUUGCUUUGGUUUUAAGUUAACUCACUUCUUCUCCCUGCCUCUUCUCCCCCCCUUUUUCUAAAAUUCAUUCCAUCUCUCAUUUCUGUGCAGUUGGUCCAAACUCCAUCUUGCCCCUAGCCAUCCCUUUGCUCCUUAAACUUGUAAAAUAGACUGAUAUUAUUACAUAAUGUAAUUAAAAUAAAAAUUUCUGAAUUAAAAAGCAAACAUUCCUACUA